AGACAUUUCUCUUCAAAAUCUCACAUAGCCAUGUCUGGAUCAAGGAAAGGAAGUCUCAAGCAGAAGAGUGAACGCUUUGACUCGAACAUCAACAAGCGGGGGAAUGUGAAGCUCUCCUCCAAGAAGGAGAAGCAGUUCACUGUCGGACCGAUUGUACUUGCCUUCUUCUUGUUUGUGGUCGUCGGAUCCUCGCUCCUUCAGAUCAUCCGUCAAGCUCAGAGCGGUCAGAUGGAGGGAUAAAGUGAUGUGAAAUCUCGAUAGGUCACAGUCCCAAGUGAAUGAAACAAACCAUGAAUGAGCAAGAGCGAUAGGGAAACAGGGAAAUGACGAGGAACCAAGAAGAGGAGGGUCAAGGAGCGAGAUCACGGAUGUGAAGGCGUUGUUUGUGAGGUUUGAGUGGAGAGAGGGAGUGCACCUAUGUUGUCGUAGGCGAGUCAGGUCAAGAUGCGCCGAGUUUCUUUCAUUCUGAUGACUGCACGUUGAGAUGCAGAAGAAGUUU